UUCCACAAGACCGUGCUUGCAAGGUGCUCCGUUUGUCCGUGUUGUCAUCGUCCGUUAUUACCAUCGUUUUGUAUCAUUUCCAUCUUCAACGACGUAUUUUUAUUUAUAAACGCUCCUCCUGCACCGUUUCCGCAAAUACGCAAAAGCCCAAUUCCGUCUGUUCUUGUGUGUAUGUGUGUGUAGCCCAGAGCGUGUUACAUACACACACACGCGCAAUUACACAGUUCCCUCCGGGUGAUAGUUACAACCUGCGACCGCAGCGACCGCCAGCACCUUCAUCAUCCCGCGUAACACACAUGCCAGCAGCACAACCCCCCGGCCAGCACGAUGGAAACGUUAUAUAGAGUAGGAACAACCGUGCUGCACGGGGUACUGGACAGCAUCAAAGGCAUUACGGUUGUGUUCUAUCUGGACAAGGAGGCGAACCGGAAACUGUCCCAGCCCGCCACCAAACCGCUGCUGGGCGGAUCCGUGCUGCCCCGCACCAAGGAAAGCCUAUCGUCGUCCCAGCCCGGCCCAGCUCCUCGCACAUCGUCCUCGAGUUCACUCGUCUCGAAGCGUAUCGAGGAAUCCAAGGUGCUAAAGCGUGUGCUCCAGUGCUCGAUGCUGAACGGUGGCAUCUUUAUGCUGAGCAUACUGUUCUUCGAGUACGCCGUGCUGCCCGGGCUGCAUCUCUUCCUGUGGUAUCUGUUCCGCAACUCGACCACCAUGACGACCGUGUGGGGCUGGAUGCAGCCCUCGCUGUCGCUGCUGUUCAACUCGCUCUGGGUGACGCCGCUGUUUCUGCUGAGCAAGAUCGUCAACAGCCUCUGGUUUCAGGACAUUGCCGACUCGGCGUACAAGUUCCGGAAGGGGCGGCCGCAGCUAAUGCCCAGCAUCAGCAAGCUGAUCGCCGACACGCUCAUCAGCCUGCUGAUCCAGAUACUGUUUCUGCUGCAGAGCACGGCGGUGAAGUAUCUGCCGGUGCCGGUACCGUUCGCCUGCACCGCCAUCUACAUGGUGCACAUGAGCCUGCUCUGCUCGCUGUACGCGUUCGAGUACAAGUGGUUCAACAUGGGCUGGGAGCUGCACAAGCGGCUGACGUACAUCGAGCAGAACUGGCCGUACUUUCUGGGCUUCGGGCUACCGCUGGCCGCCCUGUCCGAGCUGCCGAACUCGAUCGUGAUCAGUGGGUGCGUGUUUUCCGUGCUGUUUCCGCUGUUCAUCAUCAGCGCGAACGAAGCCACACCGAAGGUGGACGUGUGUGAAACACCACUGAAACUGUUCUCCGUUGUGGUUGCCCUCACCAAUGCUCUCUUCCGGGGACGAACGAAACCCGGCAAGGCAGCCCUAUCGCAACCGCUCACGCCCGGAAGCGGAGGCCGUGGCUUAACGCCACCGUUAUCAUCCUCGUCUUCUUCGUUUAUGUACCAGCAGCAGCAGCAGCAGCAGCAACAGCAACAGCAACAACAUCGACAUCACUCUUCGCAAAAGCAGCACCACCAUCAUCGUUCGCACCAUCGUCAGCCCUCCCCAUCGCCGUCGGCUGCCUCGUCCUCGUUUGCCUCGGUACAGACGGCUCAGCUACACCACCAGCACCAACCCGUACUGAACCGGCCGCUCAGGCGAUAGGGGCGGUGUGGGGCGUGACGAUAGUGGGGUGUGUUUCUUCACGCAAUGCUUCUCAUUGCUCUCCUCCCCCGCUUCCGGUAAUGUAUAAUGUAAUUGUAAUACUGACGAACUGUGCUUUACACAACGACCGAUUUAUGGAUCAAAUGACACGUGGCUCAAACGAGAAUCGAGGAAGCAAACCGGGUGAAAUGGUGCGCGAAAGAAGGGCGAGACAAGCGCAUCAGGAUGCGCAUCAGAGGCAGCAACGAAAAGGGGAUCCUUUUUUUUAGAACGGGAAUGUUUGCAAUGUUUUAUGUUUUUGCUUUCAUACACGAUUACUGGGGGGACUAUGCAACUGUUUUAUGCCACGUGUGGCUGUCGUGGACGUGGAAUAAAAUGAUAUUUUCAACGUUAACUACUAAUAUUACUAACUAAACGUAAUCCAACAUCGCUCGUACUACACACACAUACACUACAUUACAACUACUCUAUUAUUACAAGCAAACAAACAAUGGACUGCGCUUUUUAAGAAGGUUGAAUCGUAACGGCAACAGAUGUAGACAACAGCAACCAGAUUUCCGUGAGAUUAUAUUUAAAAAACCCUGGCAGAGGUGCGGUAAAAUCGGAAGUAAAUCAGCAACGUUAGCGAUGUACUUAUAGCAUAAGUCGCGUAUGGGUGUGUGUGUUUUGAGGGAUAUUUGGUGAUAGAAACUGGAAGCAAGAUGGACAAAAAGCACACAAAUAGAGGCACACACAGCAGUGGAAAGCUACAGUUGGGCCCUCUAGGGAAUAAUGAGUUUGGUUUUCAAGGGGUUUUUUUUGCUAUGUUUUUCUUUUUGUAAGAAGUUGCCUUUUUACGUACGCUUUCGAAUCGGUCAGGAUGAACAAAAACGGACUACUAUCCUGAACACAAGCCACCGCCCCUCGGGUGACAGGGGGACCGCCGGCACUUACUAGUAAACAAAACAAAAACGUGUGAUGGAGGAGAAAAGGUUUUGUAGAAAUUGUUUUUUUACCGCUACCGGAAGUUCGACACACGAAAGACUGCCCGUUUUAGGCUUUGCAAAAUGUAUAAAAACAAAAAAAAAAACAAAACUUGUGUACUGUGAAACAGGCCACAAAAAUAAACUUACUCAAGCGUA